GGAACUUUCAGGAAAUACAACAGGUGGACGUGUCCCCGCCAUUCGCCGUGGAUCGCCGUCAGACAGCGCCAUGGAAGACAAACUCAAUGACUCCAACGUUAAGGUCGCUGUUCGUGUGCGACCAAUGAGCAGGAGAGAUGCUUCUCCACCUUCAUUGGAGUCCUGCUGUGUUUGAUUAUACUGAUUGGACCUGAUUGGGAAAACCACACAUCUGUUUAUAUCAGACCUCGGAGCUCACAACAGAUGUCAGCAUAUCCAAAUCAUAAGGCAAGGAACUGCCCGUAGAGCACAGAGACAGAAUUGUUGCAAGGCACAGAGUUGGCUGCUGGUCAAACUGUGCAAUCGGGAGAAGAGCCAUUGUGAGAGAGAUAAAGAACAAUCCUGAGAUCGCUGUGGCUGAGACGCAGAAAUACAGUCAAGAGAUGGGCGAAAGUUCUAGAAAGUCAACCAUCACUGUGGUUCACUACCAGUCGGGGCUUUAUGGCAAAGUGGGAGCCUCUUCUCAGUGCAUGGCACAUUAGAGCAUGCAUAGAGUUUGCGAGGAGAAAAAAAAAAGGAAAGACUCCCAGCUGAAAAAGAACUCACGGCAAAAUGUGUGGUAGAAAUGGAAGGAAACCAGACAAUAUUGAAUCCUGCCAUUGCAAGUUUGAGCAAAGGAGAUCCCCGGAAUCAGCCAAAGGUUUUUGCCUAUGAUCACUGUUUCUGGUCCAUGGAUGAAUCCCAGAAAGACAAGUUUGCAGGUCAAGAAGCAGUAUUCCAAUGUCUCGGGGAGAGUUUGCUGGAUAAUGCCUUUUUGGGUUACAAUGCCUGUAUCUUUGCUUAUGGGCAAACAGGUUCCGGAAAAUCUUACACUAUGAUGGGUUCAGCAGAGCAGCCUGGUCUGAUCCCUCGCCUCUGCAGGUCCCUGUUCUCCAGGAGUAUACAGGAGGCUCGAGAGGGAGAGAGCUUCACUGUGGAAGUAUCCUACAUGGAGAUUUACAAUGAGAAGGUCAGAGACCUGCUUGACCCGAAAGGAAGCCGGCAAACGCUGAAGGUGAGGGAGCACAAUGUUUUGGGUCCUUAUGUUGAUGGCCUGUCUCGUCUGGCUGUGGCUAGCUACAAGGAUAUUGAGUCUUUGAUGUCAGAGGGAAAUAAAUCUCGCACAGUGGCUGCCACAAACAUGAAUGAAGAAAGCAGCCGAUCUCAUGCUGUGUUUAACAUCAUCCUAACUCACUUUCUUACGGACCUGCAGUCAGGAACAAGUGGAGAGAAGGUAAGCAAACUUAGUCUGGUGGAUCUGGCAGGAAGUGAGCGUGCAGCCAAGACUGGUACAGCUGGUGAAAGACUAAAAGAAGGCAGCAACAUCAACAAAUCUCUCAGCACAUUGGGUUUGGUUAUAUCAGCCUUGGCGGACCAGGGUGCAGGGAAGAACAAGAGCAAGUUUGUUCCCUACAGGGACUCAGUGCUCACCUGGCUGCUCAAGGACAGUUUGGGUGGAAACAGCCGGACAGCCAUGGUGGCCACCAUCAGCCCAGCAGCAGACAAUUAUGAUGAGACUCUGUCCACCCUACGUUACGCUGAUCGUGCUAAGAGCAUCAUCAACCACGCUGUGGUCAACGAAGACCCCAAUGCCAGAAUUAUCAGAGAGCUGAGGGAGGAAGUAGAGAAAUUGAGGGAGCAGCUCACAGAAGCUGAGUCUAUGAAGGCCCCUGAGCUUAAGGAGCGGCUGGAGGAGUCAGAGAAACUAAUUCAAGAAAUGACCGUGACUUGGGAGGAGAAACUCAGGAAGACUGAGUCUAUUGCACAAGAGCGUCAGAGGCAGCUGGAGAGUUUGGGUAUUUCCCUGCAGUCGUCUGGCAUCAGAGUUGUAGAUGACAAGUGCUUCCUGGUCAACUUGAAUGCUGACCCUGCCCUCAAUGAGCUGCUCGUCUAUUACUUAAAGGAGCAUACUCGUGUGGGUUCAUCCAAAUCACAAGACAUUCAGCUUUGUGGGAUGGCUAUCCAAGCUGAGCACUGCAUCAUUGAUAUCACACAAAAUGAUGGUGUGGUGCUCACACCUCACUGCAAUGCUCGGACAUGGGUGAAUGGCACUGUAGUGACCGGUUCCGUACCCCUUCAUCAUGGAGACCGUAUCUUAUGGGGAAACAAUCAUUUCUUCAGGAUCAACCUGCCCAAGCAUCUGAUCCAUCUGCGGGGUGAGGAGCAGGAUAGCAGAGCUAAAAUGAAGACCUGUUUUAGUACGGAGCAACUAGAGCUGGAGGUGGACGUUGAUGCAUCCAGUGAUGUUUCUAGUGAAGUGGGCUUUGAGUUUGCUCAGGCAGAAGUCAUGAUUAAAGGAAUGGCCAACAAUGACCCCUUGCAGUCAGUUUUACAGACCCUAGAGAGGCAGCAUGAGGAGGAGAAACGCUGUGCCCUCGAACGCCAGAGGCAAAUGUAUGAACAGGAGCUCCAGCAGCUUCGUCACCGGAUCAACCCUGAGAGAUCUCCUCAUCCCCUUGAUUUGUCAGGCAUACCAACAAGUGCCACUGCCACUGGAACACCACUAGGCUCCCACAAACGGAUGCGACGCUGGAGUGAAGACAGAGAGGCUAUGAUUACUCGAAGCCUUCGACGCCUGAAGGAGCAGAUUGUUCGCGCUAACCUUUUAGCUCAGGAGGCUUGCUUCAUUGCAGAGGAGCUCAAGAAAAGGACAGAGUACCUGGUGACUUUGCAGAUACCAGCUGCAAAUCUUGAUGCUAACAGAAAACGUGAUAUGGUGCUCAGCGAGCCUGCCAUUCAGGUUCGCCGUAAAGGGAAAGGGAAGCAGAUCUGGGCAAUGGAGAAGAUGGAGAACAGGCUGGUGGACAUGAGGGAUCUCUACCAAGAAUGGAAAGACUUUGAUGAAGACAACCCUGUGAUGCGGUCUUAUUUCAAACGGGCCGACCCAUUUUUUGAUGAGCAGGAGAACCACAGUCUCAUUGGGGUGGCCAAUGUUUUCCUGGCAUGUCUGUUCUAUGAUGUAAAACUACAGUACGCAGUUCCCAUCAUCAAUCAGAAGGGAGAGGUGGCAGGCCGGCUUCAUGUGGAAGUCUGGCGAGGAACAGAGGACUCUGAGGAAGAAGGUUCACAAGAAAGUAACACAGAUGGAGAUGCACUGGAGCGUAAACUGAACUGUGUGAUAAAAAUCAUCCAGGCUACCGGUCUUCCUCAUCACCUGUCGAACUUUGUCUUCUGCCAGUAUCACUUUUGUGGGCAGGCAGAGCCUAUGUUCAUCCCUCCAGAGAUGGCACGGCCGCCCUUACCAUCUGCCUCCAAAGACCCUCAGUGCACUGUUGUUUUUGACAGCUCCAAGGAGUUGUCAGUGCCAGUGUCAGAGGACUUUCUCGAGUAUUUGUCUGAGGGUGCAGUGGCGAUUGAAGUGUAUGGUCACAAACAGGAAAACCAUCGGAGGAACCUGCAACUGUGGGACCUCGGUGUAAUUCAAGCCAAAACACGCUCACUCAGAGAGAGGUGGAGUGAGGUGACUCGGCGGGUGGCGCUGUGGGUGCAGCUCAUGGAGCUAAAUGAUGCAGGGCAGUUCACACCAGUAGAAAUUCUUUCCACUAAGGAUGUACGCACCGGAGGAAUCUUUCAGCUCAGACAGGGUCAGUCUCGUCGUAUCCAAGUGGAGUUGCGCUCUGUGCCAGAUUCUGGCACAAUGCCGCUCAUCUCCAGCUCCAUACUCUCUGUCUCCAUUGGAGACGUCAAGGUCCAGAAUCCACCAAAACUCAGGGAAUCAUUGUUGGCCAAGGAUGAAGAAAUGGACAGCUACCAAGAACUUGAUUUGGAGAGAAUGAGGGAACAAUGGCUGGGCACGCUCACUCAGAGACAGGAGUAUCUGGACCAGCAGUUACAGAAAGUAGUGUCCAAACCAGAUAAGUCCGAAGAUGAUUUGGAGAGGGAGUCCCAGCUGCUGGAAUGCCGUCUGACACUUACCGAAGAACGCAAUGCUGUUUUGGUGCCAACAGCUGGCAGCGGCAUUCCUGGAGCACCGGUUGAAAUAGUUCCUGUGCCUGGAAUGGAAACACACAUUCCUGUUCUGUUUCUGGAUCUCAGUGCUGAUGAUUUCCAGUCAAACCUUUCACAGCCUCUAGCUGGGGGUGUAGAUGCCUAUCUUGGUGGGGAGUAUGAAGACGACUUCUUUGACCUUCACAUUGUCAAACACUAUGAUUCAGAAGUGAAAGUGGACGCAUCCUGGGACUCAACAGUCCACGGGUGCCCCGAGCUCAGCCGUGUGGCAUCGGGUGAGCAGAGGGUCUACCUGACAAUCCGUGUCGUGGUUGAAUUGAGCCACCCUGCCCACAUGCAGUUGGUCCUGAGGAAACGCAUUUGUGUCAAUGUCACUGGAAAAAAGGGUUUGGCCCAGAGCCUUCUGAAGAGAAUGUCUCAGCGCAGCACCAUCCCAGGAUGUGGUGUCACCUUUGAAAUUGUUUCAAACAUCCCGGGAGAUUUCCAUGGGCCAGAAGACCGAGAAAUGCUGGCACGGUUGGCCGCUUGUACAGAAGAUGACCAGUCAGGUGACUGUGAAGCAGCUAUUGAAAAAUACCUGCGGAGUGUCUUGGCAGUGGAAAACAUUCUGACUCUCGACAGACUGCGACAGGAGGUAACAGUGAAGGAGCAACUAGCAAUCAGAGGGAAAGCUCCCAGACGCUGCCUCAGCUCGCCAACAGUCCACCGUCUCUCAGCCAGCAAUCUGGAUGUGUUCUCUUCAACUCAAAAACUUGGUAACUUCAAGGGUGGGGAGAGUCAUCAGGACCUCUCCACUUCUCCGGCCAUGCACACAAUGCAGAGCUCCAUAUCGCACAGCUUGUACCCAGACACAGUGAAGGCUGUGCCUAACCUCCUGAAGUCGCUGCUUUCUGCUGGCAAAGAAGAUGGUGGAGACCAGGCAACUGUCCGUCAGCAGAAUGUGCCUCGUAUCAUGGUUCAGUCGGCCAGUAUUGAAGAGGGAAUGAGCACAGGUCAGCAAGUUCCUAUUGAGGAAAUCAGCUCUCCUGUCAUCCAACACGAGAGCCCCAGAUCAGUGCCUCUUCCUCCACCAAUCAUCCCAGUGACUGAAGACUCCAUCCAGAGCAUAACAAGGGAGGUGUCAAGCGGUUACAUUAAGAGUAUCUCUGCUGCACCGCUUUCAGAGGUCUACAUGCUCAGCUGGGACCCUCCUUCAUCGUCAGGCCACACGGCUGAAAGCUGUGCAGCCAUGACACAUCAAGAAGAAAAUAAAGUGACAGAGAUACCCCCCUUUCACUUUGAUAGUAGUUUUGGAUCUGAACCUCUGGAGACCUUGCAGGCAGCUACUGAGAAUAUUGACGUGCUGCAGUCCACAGCAAAUGACUAUCAAUCUGCUUUAAACCAGAGUCACCAAGAACCAGAUCCAUACCUUGUAGCGCAGGAAGUAAGAGGCCCAGCUCCAUGUGUAGAGUCCAAUAUUCCAAACAGGCCAGUAUAUUUGAAGGGGGACAUGAUGGAAUCUGAACAAUUAGACAGUGUGCUGCCAGUGAAUAAUUUACCUUUAGUACAGGAGCAACAACAAUUAGACUCAAAGCCAAAGACCUCCCUGAAGGUUCAUAUGGAUUUAAAAGAGCAAGUGUUAGAGAAAGUAGAACUCUCAAAACAAGACCAGUCUGAGGACUCUGAAGAGUCUGCUCUUAUCUCUACCCAAAUAUCCUCUGAUUCACCUUUCGUCUCAUUGAAGGACUCUGACCCAAUAGCUUGCUCACAGAAACAAUCCCAUUUAAAAAGCUCUAUUUGUCCUGCCAUCUCAGCUUCAUCCAGUGAUGAGGUCCUCCUCGAAGCAGCACCUGAUCCCUUAGCCGCGCCCAAUGUGCAAUGCUCCAAAUCUCCUGUAGCACCAGUAAACCCUUUCAAGAUCCAGAAAGUUCAGUCUUCAGACCUCAAGUCCUUCCAGCGUAUACUCGGGGAGCCGAUGGGGGAAUCAGGUCAGACUGAGCCCUUGGAGCUUAUUUUAGACUGUGAGGAACAAGGCGGAGCUUCUGCAGUCACUCUGCCUGACUGGAUUAAAGGCGGCGAAUUUGUCACUGUUGGGACCAAUAAAAGAGGCACCGUGCGCUAUGUAGGCCCUACAGAUUUUGCUGAGGGCAUGUGGGUGGGAGUUGAACUUGAGGUACCAGCAGGAAAGAAUGACGGCUCCGUAGGUGGGAAGCACUACUUUCACUGCAAUCCCGGUUAUGGAGUCCUAGUCCGGCCAGACCGGGUCAGCCGCGGGGGUUCCAAACGCCGUCAGCAGCAGUCGAAACGUCGUAGCGCCAACAUGUCUGGAUCCAGCCCGCACCUGGCGGCCCUCACGGCUCUGGCUAAAGGUUUUCAAGCAGACCAGCAGAAGCUCAUCCAUGCUUUUAUUGCAGGUAGAUUUUACUAUUGUAAUGGUCUUCUAACUGGUCUUCCCAAAAAGACCAUUAAACAGCUGCAGCUCAUUCUGAAUGCUGCAGCUCAGUUUCUGACCUGAACAAAGAGGUCGGAGCAUGUAACUCCAAUUCUGAAGUCUCUACACUCUCUUCCAGUCAGCUUUAGAAUAUAUUUUAAAGUUCUGCUGCUGGUUUAUAAAAUGGUUUAGGUCCUGAAUACAUCAAAGAAAUGCUAAUGGGAUAGAAACCUAGUAGAUCUCUAAGAUCAUCAGACUCAGGUCAAAUAGUGGAGCGCAGAGUCGAAAGCAAACAUAGUGAAGCAGGAUUUAGCUAUUAUGCUGCACACAAAUGGAAUAAGUUGCCAACAGAGUUGACAGUGUGUUUUCAAAUUUAGAUUAACAACUUUUUUUCACAUGCUUUUUAGAGUGAGUUCCAUUUUCAGUGAUAUUUCUUGCACUAAAAGCUGUUUUAAUAGUACUUUUUUUGAAUGUUUUUACCUUUGUAUUUUAAUGCUUUUAAUCAUGUAAAGCGCAUUGAGUUACCUUGUGAAAUGCGCUAUACAAAUACAUUUGCUUUGCUAUACUAGAUUUAGAAUUUUAAUGUGGCAUCAUAAUGUUUUACUAUUGGUUGUUUUUCCAAAAUUGACUUUCAUGCAUUUUGGUUAUUGUUUUUGUGUGCCUUAAAGUUUGUUGAGAAGUCUCCACAUAAACUGUACAAUGAGGGUUUUAUCUUCUAAAAUUACAUUUAAGACAUUGCAAUCUUCAUAAUUGCCUCUGGGAGUUUUUUUUUUUUUUUUUAGUUAUGACAUGAGUUUAUAUAUAUGAAAUGCCUUUUUUAGGAGACAAGUUUUGUAAGGGGCACUAUGACAAAACCCUUGCCAUAAUCGCGUACUAGCAAAUCAUUUUGGGGGACUUUGAGAAGUUGUUGCAAUAGGCCUUGCAAUGCCCCUGAACAGACCACAAUUGAGGUUUCAGUACAUGCCAUGUUGUAGAAAACUUUUAUCUGACGAAAUAGUACCUAUAAACAGGCAUCAAUAAUGGUCCCAUCCAUCCAUCCAUAAAUGUUCCAAACUGUUUAUCCUCACAAGGGUCGCAGCCCAUCCCAGCAAACUUCAGGUGAAAAGCGGUCUACACCCCGAACUGGUUGCCGCGACAGUCCUAGUAAACUUAAAAAUGCAUGGCCUCAAAAACUGUUCAUAUCCCUCUGUUAAUAAAAGAAAAAAACAACCAUGACCACUGAAAUAAGUGGCCAAAGUAAUUGAAAGAAACUGGCUGGCCGGUAUGCACAUCUGUCUCGUGGUUCGGAGAUUGUGCAUUUGAAUCAGUCAACACAGAGACAUGUUCAACUAAGUUGUGUUGUCUUUUUCAGUGACAUUUCUUUCACUGUCUCACUGACAGUGAAAGAAAUGUCUUGAUUGCCUCAAAAUGGUGUGCAUUAGUCCAGGCCCAUUUCAUUAGUUACAAAAGUUAUUCUGUUGAAACUUUUUUUUUUUGUUUUUGGGGGGAAUUUCAGUCAUUAAUUUCAUUACUUGUCAUUUUAUAGAGUAUGGGUUUUUUAACAGAGAGGUAACAAUUUUGCCCAUCUGUGUACAUCUCCAACCCGAAAAAACAAAUUUGACUGUAAACAAUUCCAGCCUACUUGG